CUUGUCGGUUGAAACCGCGUUUUCGAAUGCAUUUGUUGUUCUCGCACGACACGUUCAGUAAUAAAUGCGGUAUUAUGAACAACCAUAUACCCUUCUUACUUGGUGAUAUUAAAACGCCACAGUUAUAUAAUAAAACACCUUGAUAGUUUGGAUUUAUAAAACAACCGCGGGACUCUUAUAACAAUUAUCUAAAUUCAUAUGGAAAAUUCUCCGCUACCAACUGUAAAAGGCCAAAUAUUUGAGCUAGGACCAAGGUUUGAUGACAUACAGUAUGUUGGUGAAGGAGCGUAUGGAAUUGUUGUAUCGGCGUUCGAUCGAGUACGGAAUGAGAAAGUUGCUAUUAAGAAAGUUUCCCCAUUUGAACACCAGACUUAUUGUCAGAGAACAUACAGAGAGAUUUGGAUUUUGAGCAGAAUGGAUCAUGAAAACAUAGUUAAGAUUCAUGACCUUAUAACACCAAGCACAUUCGAAGAAAUGAAAGAUGUUUAUAUUGUAGAAUGUUACAUGGAAACUGAUCUGUGCCGUUUAUUGAAAACUCAAAAGCUUAGCAAUGAUCAUAUUUGUUAUUUCCUUUAUCAAAUGUUAAGAGGUCUCAAAUAUAUACACUCUGCAAAUGUCCUUCACAGAGAUCUGAAACCAUGCAAUAUUUUAUUGAAUGCAGCAUGUGAUUUAAGGAUAUGCGAUUUUGGAUUGGCGCGUAUAGCAGACCCAGAAUCAGAACAGUCAGGUACACUGACAGAAUAUGUGGCUACACGUUGGUAUCGUGCACCAGAGAUAAUGUUAACGUCAAAAUUGUACACGAAAGCAAUUGAUAUCUGGUCAAUUGGUUGUAUUAUGGCUGAAAUGCUUAGCAAUCGUGUUCUAUUCCCUGGGAAACAUUAUAUUGAUCAAUUGAAUUUAAUACUACAAGUAUUAGGUUCACCAACAAAAGAAGACUUUGAGACUAUUGUAAACCUAAAAGCUCGUGCCUAUUUAGAAUCAUUGCCUCAUCGGGCAAAAGUCCCAUGGAAACAACUCUAUCCAUAUGCUAGUGAAUCAGCCUUAGAUUUAUUGGACAGAUUAUUAUGCUUUGUUCCUUCGCGUCGAAUAACCGUUGAAGAUGCUCUAGCACAUCCUUACCUGGAACAAUACUAUGAUCCAACGGAUGAACCAGUAUUCGAACAUCCAUUUGUACAAGAAACAGAUAAUUAUCCAAAGGAGAAGUUGAAAGUUCUUAUCUGGGAAGAAAUACAACGAUUUCAAAGUAAUAAGAAUAACAGCAAUAACAGUAAUAAUGAUGGAAGCAACAAUACCAAUAGGAAUAUGGCAUCUUUGACCCUGGGACAACAAACAGAGGAACUAACCUCAACAACUACAGAAUCGUAACUGGUUGUAACAAUCAAUGAUAUCCCAUACUUCAUAAGUGCUGGCGAUAAUCAAUAUAGUCUGAAUGUGUUAUUCAUCGACCUACGGAUAUAAAAUCUGCCUUUUCACUGUGUUUCCUCUUCAACGUUUUGUGUAUACCUGUUAUUUUAUUAUUCAGAAUAUAUAUGUGCAUAUCGUUUAUUAUAUAAUAGAUUGCUUGUUCAUCGCAAAUCCAUUAAUGCUGCUGUGUCUGUGUAUUUGUCAGUAAUCCUGUUGCCUCUAUUUUUUCUCAAAGAAGCACCAAUGUCGACGAUAAACUACCUAUUCUGUAAAUCUUCCUUAAAAAAUAAUCUAUCUUACUAUCACUUCUCCUGAUAUCUAGAUUAUGCGAGUAUAAGUAUCUUUGGUUCGCCUAAAAAUCGAUGUAUAAAUCAACUACCAAGUUAAAUGCGUCAGCCAUUUUGUUUCAUUCAUCUUGUCUAAACUACUUUACACAUUCGUCUUUACUGCCUCUUAUCUACUAACCAAAAUUUACUAUCUUUCGGUGUAUUAUUUCAUUAUUUAAAUGUAGACAGUGAAGUUUUAAUUAAACAUUGAUAAAUUUGUUUGAAUGAAUCAAUUCGCUUAAAUAUAUGGUUACGAAUAUGCGCGCACAUACAAAAUUUGAGGGAAGAACCAACAACAACAAGAAAAUGCCUUUAUCAAUUAGACCAUUCAUAUUACAAUCUGUAUUCAUAAUUUUCUUUUAAUAUUCACUGUGUGUUCAUAUACUAAUAACCACUGUCAUCCACUUCUAUGCUAGUAAUGAUCAUGAAAACACCGAUUAAUUUCCAGGUAUUUUAUGCUUUUGUGAAUGUUUUUUGUGCUUUCUUAAUAAGAGCUUCUUUUUACUCACUUAUUAUCGCCAUCUUUAUCUUUUUAUCACAGUGACCUUCUGGUGAAGGUUUAACUGAUAUAUUCAAUACUAGAAUCUGUUCAAUGAUUAUUUAACAAAAAUCGCUAAUUAUGCAGCCUGCAGGACAGAAACUGCUGUCAUCUAGAAAGCAAAAUUUUUAAACAUCUUGUUAUUAUUUUGUAUAUAUAAACAUAAACAUUCAUUCAUAUUUUUGCUUAUUUUCAACAAGUACUAUUCUUUAAAUUCAAAAAUGGCGCAAAUACAACUUCCACUGUUUAACGUCAUAUUUAAUCCAUUUAAACAAAAAGCACUUUCUAUUGAACACCUUUAAUAUAUGAGAUAAAUUUAAACAGUGUUAGAGAUUAUAUUUAAAUAUUCAAUUUUUGAUCGAUUAUAUAUGUACACCAUUGUUUUGGCCUACUAAAGAGGUGUUUUCGUGUCAUCAGUUCUUAUUUGAGUAGAUGCAAGGUUUGAAUGUCUCCCCCAUUUGAUGUUUCUUUUUCCCUCAGUCAUGUCAUUGUUCCAAACCAAAGAUUAUAGAUUUCACUAUAUGUAAUGUACGUUUAAGUAUUUUCUGAAACAAAAGCAUAUUCUAUUCGCUAUUCAUAUUUAUUUUUCUAGUAAAUUAUUUUCCCAGAAUAACACUUCGAUUAAUCAUGUGUAUUUUUUAUCGUAAAAAGAUAAACUACUUAUAUACCUUAAUAAGUAGCUUGUUUUCACUUGGAAAAGUUAUACACGACAUGGAGGCUGCAGAGGGGUUGAGUAAUGAAAGUGUGAUUUGAUUUUAAUUCUUCUUCUCACAUCUAUGAAUACAGUUUGAAAAUUCGCCUUCACUUGAGCUUUUGAUGUAUACUGUCCUUCUCUGUUGUUGUUGCUAUUGUUUUUGUCAUGACCUAUCAAUAUGCUUGAAAUUUACGAAAAAAUGUAACUCAGUUUGUGCUUGUCUGCGUGUGUAUAUGUGCAUGAAGAAUAAAUUUAUUCAUCAGAGA